CAUUCUCUCUCUAUAUAAACAAUCUCAGCUCUCUUCGUUGUAUCCGUCCCAUACGUAGGAGUGUCGUAGUCUCCGCAAAUUCGUCGGAGAGGCAAAAUCAAAGAAGAGAAGAACAAAAAGAAUGCGGAGAUUCAUGGAGAAAAGGGUGUUACUUGGAAAUUCGAUCUCCCGGUGGCGAAGAAGCCUCUCUUCGACGGCUCAGACUGCGACGGCCUCCGUACACGAUUCCGAUGAGUUUAUCGCGAGAUUGCCGCCGUUCGAUUACACACCGCCGCCGUACAACGGCCCCUCCGGCGAUGAGAUCCUCGGAAAACGGAAGGAGUUUCUCAGUCCCUCCAUCUCCUGCCUUUUCCGCAAGCCGGUGAACAUUGUGGACGGGAAGAUGCAGUAUCUGUUCGACGAGAAUGGUCGGAGAUACCUCGACGCCUUUGCUGGGAUUGCGGUGGUGAAUUGCGGCCAUUGCCACCCUGGUGUGGUGGAACCAGUCAUCAACCAGAUCAAACGACUCCAACACCCCACCGUUCUUUACCUCAACAACGCCAUUGCUGAUUUCGCUGAAGCCCUCGCUUCCAAGCUCCCCGGUGACCUCAAGGUGGUGUUUUUCACCAAUUCUGGGACGGAGGCGAACGAAUUGGCCAUGAUGAUGGCGAGGUUGUACACUGGUUGUCAGGAUAUCAUAUCCGUGAGGAAUGGGUAUCACGGCAAUGCGGCUGGGACGAUGGGGGCUACUGGUCAAAGCAACUGGAAAUUCAAUGUUGUUCAGGCUGGAGUUCAUCAUGCAUUGAACCCGGACCCAUACAGAGGUAUGUUUGGCUCGGAUGGAGCAAAGUAUGCAAGAGACGUGCACGAGAUCAUUCAGUAUGGAACGACUGGACACAUCGCUGGUUUUCUCUUCGAAGCUAUCCAGGGAGUGGGAGGAAUUGUGGAUCUGGCUCCAGGGUAUGUUCCAGCGGUCUAUGACAUAGUAAAGAAAGCAGGGGGAUUGGUCAUAGCUGAUGAAGUUCAGUCUGGAUUUGCUCGGACUGGCGAUUUCUGGGGAUUCGAGGCCCAUGGUGUCGUCCCCGACAUUGUAACCAUGGCUAAGGGAAUUGGUAACGGAUUUCCGCUGGGAGCGGUAGUAACGACAGCGGAGAUAGCAGGGGUAUUGACUAGACGCAGCUAUUUCAACACAUAUGGCGGGAACGCAGUGGCGACCACAGCAGGUCAUGCUGUCCUGAGAGUGAUCGAGAAAGAGAAACUUCAGGAGAAUGCUGCCGAGGUUGGCUCCUAUCUUAAACAAAAGCUCAUUCAGCUCAAAGACAAACAUCAAAUAAUAGGGGAUGUAAGGGGGAGGGGGUUGAUGCUUGGGGUGGAGCUGGUGACUGAUCGCGAGCUCAAGACUCCGGCAGCUGCCGAGACUAUGCACGUCAUGGAUCAAAUGAAAGAAUUGGGGGUGCUGAUUGGGAAGGGAGGAUUCUUCGGGAAUGUGUUCAGAAUCACACCUCCCCUCUGCUUCACCAAGGAUGACGCAGACUAUCUGGUGGAGGCGAUGGAUCACAGCAUGUCAAAGAUGUGAAGCAAGCAGCCAUGGACGGAAACACCCCCCCGGGAUGAAUGGAAAACCCUAGAAAUAUGGUCUGUGCUUUGGUGUCGUAAUUGUUAUCUACCGUGUCUUAUCUUGUGAACUUUUGAACCCAGACGAUUGGGUGGAGCCAACAUCUCGUUGCCUCUCUCCUCGCAUCGCUGUGUUCCUGCAUUAAUGGAAUUCCUUUUAUGUUUUAUCUGUUGACCUUGACUAUAUAUAUGUAUUUUACGGUGA